UCUCUUUAUAAAAUGUUACCCCCACCACUAAGCUAUGUACUGUAAUUUGAUGUGAUUUUGAAUAACUGAUUGAGCGAGAAUUUUGCACCCGCCAAGUUAAUUAUUUCUCACAAAUCAGUAACACUGUAACCGCCUAAAGUGUGUCAAGUGCGUUUAAUUCUAACGGUGUUAAAAUGACGGAAAAAAUUGAAAUCUUCUCUUCGGCUCGCGGCGCUCUCAAGGGCCAAAAUAUGCAACGUUCGUCGCAACCGCCCAACGAUUUAAUUGACUGCUCAAACUUUGUCAUAGACUUUGCGGGACGAAAAUUCAUCAACAUCGGACUUGACGCCUCGGACGUUUUCAACGUAACCGUCCAGAUUAUAACGCCAUCGAGACAUGUAUGCAUAACAAGUGUAUUUCUACAUCGAAUUUUCUCGCUCAUGCCGUACAUAUUCACAAAUAUAACCGGUCCGCUGAUUAAUAGACGAGAGAGGCUUUUUCUCAAAGAUGAGUUUAACACUCCGUAUAAAACUACUUAUCGCGGCGAAAGUAUGCUAGCCGUAGAAUCGCACCAACAACAAGGAUGCCGCGUGCUAUUGAGCGGACGCGAUCUAUUAAGGCUUUACGAGUUGCAAUGGGCCAUCAGCGAAUCGAUUUCAUGCAAAUCUAACGUUACGCGUUGUGCGGUUAUGGUGCAACUCGACCAGAUAGCCACAUAUCUGAGCUCCAAUGUUUAUGUCGACAAAUCGUCGACCAUAGAAGAAAUUUCUACAGCCACCAGUAAUAUUCAUCACGAUCUUCACGCAUUGAAUAUAUUUCCAAAUAGUGAGAACAGUUUCAUAAACCAGAUCAAAUUGGUUGCGAACAAGCAGUUGGCCAUGUGUUGGGCGAGCAAUAUUCAAAAUAACGGAAUAGAUUACAUCCCAAGCAAUGACGGUGCCGCCGACAUUGAAGAGGUAAUUAUUACACGCUAUUAUAAUAUUAUAUUAUUUUUUCCUAAUAAAUCUUAUGAAAAGGAAUUAAAAGAAAAAUGGAUCAAGGCUGUUAAUCGAAUUGAAAAAAAUGAAAAAUUAUGGAUCCCUAACCGUUAUAGUGAGAUUUGCAGUGCACAUUUUAUUGGAAAUAAUCGAUCCUCUGAUCAAAGAAGUCCGUCAUAUGUCCCUUCCUUAUUUCCACAAUUGUACAAAAGAAAAAUAUGUGAUGCAACCCAACAAGAAUCUCUAUAUCAUCGUAUUUUAAAACGUCAAAAAAAUAUUUGUGAUAGCGCUGUUCUUAAUCCUAAUGAUACAAAUGAAUGUUCUACGAGCCAAACAAGUCAAGUUCAUACUAAUAACAUAUUUUCAACCUGUGAUAUUAGUACUCAAGUUGGAUUUGAAGUAAUUAACACCAAUCAAUUUGUAUUUGAAUGUUCAUUUUUUGAUAAAAACAAUGUUAGUACUCAAAUUAUUUCACAACAUACUAUAUCUUCUAACAAAUUUCAAGACAAAUUUAUAAUGAAGGCUGAUAAAUCUUGUGGUCCUGAAUCAAUUAAUACUAGUUCGUGUUUAUCUUGUGACAAAUUUCAUGGGUAUUAUUCAAUUAAAAAUGAAAAUGCUCUAAAAGAUUUGACUGGCACAACAUUUAAAGUAUUUGAUUUAUUAUGUUCAAUGAUUCCUAAAAUUUUUUAA